AAAUUGCUUUGCAUCUUUUCGCUCGAUCGGAUUGGCUCAUCUCCUCCUCUCUCACUCGCAUGCAUCUAUUUAACAGCCGUCAGAGCCUUGCCCGUUGCUUGCUCUUCCAUGGCUGCACACUCUCUGCUCUGUGAUCACUAGCUGCAGUGAUCACGGCACCAGCUGCUACAGUCUACCACCGGCGAGGCACCGAGAUGUUGGGGAGGAUGGCUUCUGGGGCGGUCGCCGAGCGGCGCGCCGCCUUGUUGGAUCGCACGGGCACCGCCGUCUCGGCGGCAUCUCCCCUGCUGGCGCCUCCCAAGCUGUUCGUGGCUGACGGUGGCGUCUCCGGCGGGUCGCCGGUAGUAGUAGCGGAGGCCGCCAUCAUGAGCCCCACCUCCUCCCUGCAGGCGGCCGUCGGCAGCCCCGCGUCUCCGGCGGCCACGGCCGCCCCGUUCUCCCGUCACGGGGCGAGCUCGUCAUCAGGCGGCGAUAAUCACCGGUGCAAGAGCAAGAGCCGCCGCCCUGCCUGGGAGGCGGCGAUGCCGACCGGGCUGGGCCUCGCCGGCGCCCUGAACGGCGGCGACGCCGUCCCGCCCGCGGCGACGGUCCUGACAGGGCAGAGCUUCCGGAGGGCUGGACCGGCGUCCGCCGCCGCCGACCGCGUGUCGCGCUCCACCUUCCCGCAAGGCCGGCGGCGCCGGUGGCUGAUGUCGCCGGGUGAGAUGGAGGCGUCGGAGGACUACACCCGCGUCAUCGCCGGCGGGGGCCCGAACCCGAGGACCACGCACAUGUUCGACGGCCGCGUCGUCGUCGACGGCUGCGGCGGGUUCCCGGUGGGAGCCGGCGGCGAGGUCGGUGGGUUCCUGAGGUGGUGCCACGGCUGCAGCAAGGAUCUUGAGCAGGGCAAAGACAUCUUCAUGUACAGGGGGGAGAUGGCCUUCUGCAGCCACGAGUGCCGCUUCCGCGAGAUGCUGCUCUUCGACGAGGAAUCCUGAGUUCAGAUGCGAUCGAUCGAUCAUGCUGCAUUCCUGCUUCACUGCAAUUUCCUAGCUAUAGGUUUACUUCCCGCCGUCAGAUGUGGUGUAGCGUUCGUUAUGAGACAGCUAGAUCGUCGUCGUUUUGCUAGCUGCUCCGAUCCUUGUAGACGAGCUGUGUAGUGCUGGCGCUUAACUCGCUGUGUGCCUGAUGGCCCUGAUCCGUCCGAUGCAUGCAACCAUUGUGUUCCAUCACUGCAAGCAGCUGGAAACGGGUCUGGAUAACAGUAACAGGGCUGCAGCUCAAGCAUCUCUAUCCCUCUGACAGAAAUCGGUGUGCGCAAAGCACCUGCUAGCUAGAUUUGGCUUGCCGAUCAGAAGCAUAGUCGCUCAACCAGUACGGACUUCACGGUGCAGAAGCUGCCAGUUCACUAGUACGCGUGUUUUUUUAGUACGUAGAUGACAAUGGAGUAACAGCAUCCCGGCCUCUAUACAUGCAUGAAGCGUAUAUGUACGGUUGCAUCAUUACGUAUAAAAACACCCUAACGGGCCACUGACAGAAGGUUCAGCAUGAAAGCAAAGGCAUCGAUCAGUGGGUGAA